AUGCUCACAAUGCUCGCAAAUAAACACUGCGUAAAAAUUCCGGCAGACGAGUUUGAAUCCUGGGUGGCAGCCGAGGAGGAUGCCGUGAUUGCUCAACUUCAAGAAGCCCUCAUGCCCUGCGAUGGCGUCUCGGGUGUAUUGGAACGCCUGCAAGAGACGGGAGCUUAUCGUCUAGCUGCUGUCUCAUCAAGCGCUCUUCGACGAGUUCAAGCUAGCCUUACCACGGUUGGUCUUGACAAAUAUUUUACGGCCGACGCCAUCUUCUCUGCUGCAUCGAGUCUACCGAUUCCCUCAAGCAAGCCAGAUCCUGCUAUCUAUGAACUGGCUCUCGAAAAGCUCGGCGUGACCUCGGCCGAGUGCCUGGCCGUUGAGGAUUCGGAAAGUGGAGUAAUAAGCGCGCAUCUUGCAGGCAUCACCCUCGUCGGCUACACGGGAAGCUAUGAGCUGGACGAACAAGAGAGUAUGGGUAAUAUGUUGCUUAAACGAGGGGCCGCAGUUAUUAUGGAAGAUUGGGCCCAGUUUGAGGGUAUUCUAUCACAGAUCCAAGAAAUUUAG